UUUUUUUAAAUAGAUUUUAUCAUUAACAGGUGAUUGUGUUUGUAUUUUCAAACUUAAUGUAAGAUUAAUUUUGGUUUGGAUUUCCUAAUCUUGUCUUCAACGUAAUUGUCGGUGUUAUUGUCUUAGUUUAUUUGUUUACGUUGUACAAAUGUAGUCUGAGGUCAGUGAAGAAAACUGCUGUGUCAUUCAGUGGAUAGUUGGUAGUUCUUAUGGACCCGUCUAGGUGUGGUCUUUUUAUUAUCCGUUGAAGUGAAUGGGACCUCCGGCCUCGUCGUUAAACAUGCAUUCCGAAUUGUAUGCUUGGACUUUAUCCUAGGAACUUACUACUUUAGUGUUUGUGGGAAAUUGAGGCCUUGUUUGGCUUUGUUCUCAAUGUGUGGCCUUUUUUCCUGCAGCAGAAGAACGUUAUUUAUCUUGGUUGUCUCUGUACGCGAAACACGUUGCGUUUUGUAUGUUUUGCUUGAUGUUUCAACUCGCCUUUUGUAAAUAAUUACAUUAUAAUACGGUGUCACUGUACUUAAAGAUGGCGGCUAUGCGCCUCUUCUGAAAGACAGAAAUGCGGAUAUUCUGGUAAGCAGAGAGCUCGUGGGAGAAGCUCUUGGCUCUUGGGGGGUACACGUGACCCGGAGGAAGAACCAAUGGGCUGCUUGGUAUUUACCCUGGAAGCCCGCGUUACAACCCUAUUGACCAAUCCCCGCCGUGGCUUUGCACACGUUGACGUAAUGUAAUAUGAUAAGGAGGAGGGUGGUUUCGGUGCCCUCGCGUUUUGCACAGGAUUAAAUGGCGCAGCCAGUUACAGACAGCACUUAGAUAUCACGGAAUAGGUUGGGCCAAUGGUAUUGCGCAAUUUCCUUGACAGACAGCAAAAACUUGCGAAUAGGUUGGCCCGAAAGAUUGCCCGUGACGUCUCAGUAUCUAGGGGUGUGGUGACUUUGACGGACAUGGUGAGUAGCCAAUAGAAACUUGGAGGGCGUGGACAUUCUGAGGUAGCCUGUCCAAUAGGGUGGAUGGUCGGUCUAUAAAAGAACGGGUGUAGUCGCAUCGUCGCCAUUUCAACGGAGCAGAUUAAAGGAGUUCGCCGUGGCGGGGAGCGGAGAGAACUGAGGAACAGAGACGGAUCCAGGUCCGAGUCUAGCUAAAAACAGAAUCCGGAUCCAUCCUGAUGGAUAUGGCUGUUAACCCGCUCCUUGACAGGUAUCUACCGGUAAAAUUGACUCUCAGCUUUCCAUCAGAGGGAUUAUUGUAGACGUUUCUUACGAUUUUUUCAAAAUAUCAUUGCUGGCAGCCUGUGUUUGCUGUAAUACGAGUGAAGGAGGGAAAUGGACAGUGAAGGUGCGGCAGGAAGAAGUUUGUGUCGCCGUUAAGUGGAAUAAAAUAUAAAUUUCAUGUUGAGGAAAUACAAUGCGUUUGUGGGUUGAAACCAUAGACUGUAUAAAAGGUUGAAACAAGCUGCGGCUGUUGUUCGCACUCCGCCGGCGCCAUCUUCGGAGCGCCUCUGCUGUUGGCCGCUCUCUCUCCCGCUGCCUGGCAGUCGGUGCAAGCAUUAGCGUAAUACACUCAAAAGGGUUUACCCGUAAAACGGUAGCCCGGCUGCAAACUUGCGUGUCUUGUUUUGAUAAUAUACAAUGGUAAUUAUUGUUUAACCAAGUGGUAUUUUGCAUGCAUUAAUUUAUCUGAUACUACUUUCGGGCACACUAAGUUACACAGUUCGCUUGUAGUAACAAUAUAGUGUAUGCUCGCGGCUAACAAGACCAUAGUGUUAACUACCAUGAGCAGUAAUAUGCUGAAGAGGCUCGUGUGCGCCCUUACACCGACAUUUCUGUGUGUUUUGCCGGGUUGUUAUUGUAGCCAUGUGAAGGCCAGGUGUUGUUGUGAUCACUGCUACGUCGGCAGUGUAUUAACCCAUUUAAUCCCAGAUCUUUCCCAGACAUGAAAGUAUCCAAAUCAUGUGUCAUUAGUACUCCUUUUGAAAUAAUUAACCAUUAGUUUAAAAGACUUUUAUGGGAAAUAAUAGGUGAAAAAGUGUGUUUUAUGUUCUGUCACAAUAGUGACUGAUGGGAUAAGAUGUUAUAUCUACCAUUUACCCAUCAGGCUGUCUCAUUCUUCCAGAGUUACCAGACUAACUGAAGUUCCCCUCGGGGAUAAAAAAAAGUGAUUUUGAUUUUUCAAUUUUUAUAGAUUUUAUCAAUUUAUAGACAAAUUUAAAAUUCUAUUACUGGUAGUCUCCAACAUUGCCACUUAUAAUAACAUUCUAGUGUGGCCUACAUUAUCAAAUAUACAACUAUACCUAUAUAUAUAUAUAUAUAUAUAUAUAUAUAUAUAUGUACUGAGAGGACAAUAGAGCAAACAAAGUAGUUAUUGGCCUAACUCAACAUUGUUAAUUUAUUGUAACAGACAUUUUCACUUUUGGACAUUUCCAAUGUGAUGAGAGGAGGAGAACAUCCAUCGGCUCAGAGCAGCUUUGUUUGACAUAUUCUGAAGGAAUGGAGCCUUAUAACUAAGAAAUGUGGGAUUAAAUGGGUUAACACAGCGAAGGGGUUAAUGCGGCUACCCAUGUGUGUUGGGUGUUUCAGUUGGUUGCCUGGUUACAUCGUUCAAUGUCACUCAACUCAAGCUUGGUAGCAACUGUAUUUUUUUAGUUGUUUUAAAGGUUUUACUUAAUUUAUAACAUAACGCCAAUGUACUUAUAUUAUAAUUAACAUUUGUUUUGUUUGUCUUGGUCACCCAUACCCAAUUUUACUCAUAUUAAUUUGUUAAUUCAUUUUACAGCUAACAUAAAAAUAUGUUUUUUGUUUAGUGCUGUUAAUGUUAUGUACAUGAUUACUUUUCCUUUUUAAAUAAUAAAGUACACUAACUGUCAAAUGUGUUUCCAAAAGUUGUAUCAUUCAAAACAGAAGAUCGCCUUUUAAAAAUAAACAAUUAGAUUGUAAAUUUUCUAUUUCUUGCUUAUAGCCAUGUCUGCAUACUAUGUAAAAGUUUCUACUGUUAAAUUUACUGUUAAUCUAAUUUUUUCAGUAUACUGAUUAGGGUGGUUUGGUUCACACGUGCUUCAAAAGCCUAGGGUACAUAUAGUAGAUUAAUUUGAUACUAUCAAGGUCCCACUGUAAACAUCAACAUUUACUGCAUGAUACAAACAGUAAUACGUCAAGCUACAUUAGGGGCUUCAAAGAGAAUCUUAGUGUGCAGACAAAUCCAUGUAAAUUUGCAAAGGGAAAAUAAACAGAAGUAUAUCUUACCAAUACCAAUUGGUAUUGCCGUAAAUGUUUGAUAGGAAAUUGGUUUUCCCGCAGAUGACUCCUGUUCGCUCUUGGAACAACUUUUGUUUUGCAGUUAGUGUCAGUAGGCCAACGGAGAUGGACUGGUGAGUUCAUAUUACAGACAGCAGAGGGAGUGGAUGCUUAUGUUCCCGUCAUCAAAGUUAGCCAGCUCCCUUGUCGGGGUUGAUGUUGGCAUCAUGGGAGUCACAACGAUGGACCAGGGUUCUGGCACAGCUGGAAAACGCAUAAGAAAACCUUCACUGCUUUAUGAAGGCUUUGAGAGUCCUGGGAUGCCGCCCCUCUCUCACAUGGCUCCUGCUGGGCCACCACAGCCCCCGGUGAAAGACCCAAACCGCCAGGGGAAGAUGACCAACCAACUUCAGUUCCUACAGAAAGUCCUGCUCAAAUCUUUGUGGAGGCACCACUUCGCCUGGCCCUUCCAUGAACCUGUAGAUGCGGCCAAGCUCAACCUGCCUGACUAUCAUAAGAUCAUCAAAAAUCCCAUGGACAUGGGCACCAUAAAGAAGAGACUAGAAAAUAACUACUACCGCAGUGCCAGUGAAUGCAUGCAGGACUUCAACACCAUGUUUACCAACUGCUACAUUUAUAACAAGCCUACAGAUGACAUAGUUCUGAUGGCUCAGUCUCUUGAGAAGGCUUUCCUGCAAAAAGUGGCUCAGAUGCCCCAGGAGGAACUAGAGCUGCCUCCUCCCCCUCCACGGAUGAAAAUCGGCAAACCUGGCAGAAAAGGCAGAGGUAAUGCAAUCUCAGGAGGAGUGACAACAGCUCAUCAGGUCCCAGCUGUUUCCCAGUCAGUAUACUCACCUCCCACCCCAGAAACACCAGACUCCAUCCUGUCUACCCCCCCACAGACACAUUUGACCAAGAGCUUGCCCCCUAUUCUUACAACUGAACAAAGCAUCCCUUCUAUAACUGGACUGCCUCCCACACAGCCCACAGCUAAGAAAAAGGGUGUAAAGAGGAAGGCGGACACAACGACCCCAACGACUGUAGCCAUGCCCAUCAUGAGCACAAUGGGUGUCAGCGGCAUCAGCAUGGGGAUGGGUGGUGGGCAUGACUCUCCUCUCACCCUCACUUCUCUGGGGGUGGACCAAAACUCCAGCCUGGGGAUGAACCAAGGCCAUGGCCUCAGCCAGGGCAUGAACAUGGGAAUGGGGAUGGGAUUGGGAUUGGGGAUGGGCAUGGGUAUGGGAAUGGGGAUGGGGAUGGGCUGUGGAACGGUGAUGAUGGGUACCAAAACACAGGGGGGGCGGAGAGGAGUGAGUGGACGAGCCAUCAAGCCACCCAAGAAGGAUUUGCCAGACUCCAUGGUGCCACCACCGGUGCGCCGCAGCAAGCUGAACCCCCAACUCCGCUACUGCAAUGGGGUCCUGAAGGAACUGCUGUCAAAGAAACACGCAGCCUACGCCUGGCCUUUCUACAAGCCUGUCGAUGCCUCGUCGCUCGGUCUUCACGACUACCAUGACAUCAUUAAGCAGCCCAUGGACCUCAGCACCAUCAAGCGGAAGAUGGACCUCAGAGAGUAUCGUGAUGCUCAGCAGUUCUCUGCUGAUGUGAGACUGAUGUUCUCCAACUGCUACAAGUACAACCCCCCCGAUCAUGAUGUAGUGGGCAUGGCCAGAAAACUGCAGGAUGUCUUUGAGUUCUGCUUUGCUAAGAUGCCAGAUGAGCCUCCAGUGCCCCCUAGCUCCUCAUCUUCCUCCUCCUCCUCUUCAUCAUCAUCUGAGAGUGAGCUCAGCAGUGAAAGUGAAGAGAGCGAGAGCAGCCCAAGCUCUGACUCUGAGGAGGAGAGGGCAAACCGGCUGGCAGAGCUGCAGGAACAGCUAAAGGCCGUACAUGAGCAGCUAACUGCACUCUCGCAGGGUCCCAUCGUCAAACCCAAGAAAAAGAAAGAGAAGAAGGACAAGAAAAAGAAGAAAAAGGUAGAAAAGGAGAAGCAUCGGAAGAUAGAAGAAGAGGUGACGCCUAUUAGACCGCCCAAGACCCCCAAGAUCACCAAGACUCCAAAACCCAAGAGCAACCGAGGAACGGCAGGUCCUGUGGUGCCUGUGAAGAAGGCACCGAGCAAGAAAAACAACAAGAGCAAAACCAAAAAGCCCAGCAUGACGUUCAGCAUGCCUCAGCCAGUCCACGAUCCUAUCGUGAGUCAUUACGACUCUGAUGAAGAGGAGGAGACGGCUCCCAUGUCAUACGACGAGAAGCGCCAACUCAGCCUGGACAUCAACAAGCUGCCUGGUGAGAAGCUGGGCCGCGUUGUUUACAUCAUCCAGUCACGUGAGCCCUCGCUUCGAGACACCAACCCUGAGGAGAUCGAGAUAGACUUUGAGACCCUCAAGCCGUCAACACUGCGAGAGCUCGAGAGAUACGUCAUGACGUGUCUGAGGAAGAAGCCUCGGAAACCAUAUGCAAGUAAAAACAACAUUGCUGGCAAAUCUCGGGAAGAGCUCGCUCUGGAGAAACAACUAGAGCUGGAGAGAAGGCUGAUGGACGUCAGCGGUCAGCUGAACUCUGGGAAGAAGCCUGCCAAGACCAAACCAGAGAAACCUGCAACAGAGCAGCACACCCAGCCGUCACGUCUCAGCGCCAGUAGCUCCUCCUCAGACUCCUCCUCAUCCUCCUCUUCCUCCUCAUCCUCAGACACAAGCGACUCAGACUCUGGCUGAGAGGCAGAGGGUUUUCAUAUGACAGGGUCAUGUGAGGGACCCUGAAUGUUUCUCUUCCCACCAAGUGGACUGAACUGCAGUAGAGCUACUGACGACAGAGCCGCGGGACGGAUCAGACGAGACCAGCACUAGGCAGGACUGGUCCGACUCAACAAGUGUCAAACCAUGAACGAGAGAUGGGGCUUUCCCUGCACUCAGCUCAUUCAUCCAAUCCUGUCCUCAGACACAGAAACGUUCAGAAAGGAUGGAGAAGUGGAGACUAAUUGUAAAGUCCUGCCGUUCUCUGGAGAACUGGCUUAGCUGGGCCGAGCGAGGGACGCUCCAUCUCCUGCAAACAGAAGAAGAGUGACGCAUGUGUUGGAGGGAUAAGGGUGCUAGAGCCAGAAUCUGUCUUAUUUCUGGAGAUAAUUUCCCUUCUUCCUGUGCUCCCUGUCUUUAUGCUGUAUAGAUAAGGUGUACAGUUAUAUAAAUAUCUAUUUUUCUUUUAUAAAGAAGCAUUUUAUGGAGCUAAUUUAUUCCCUCAUUCUGGGAACCAUGAACUGGUGCGGGCGGAGUUGUGUUUUAGUUUUUGUUUAAUUUUUUUUUUCCUUGAGUGACAAAGGGGGUGGAGGGGGAAUGUUUGUGUGUGUGAAUGUAUGAAUGUGUCACGUAUGUGUUUGCAUGUGCGAGUGUGAGAUCCUCAUAGUUUUGACGCAGGCGUUGAAAAUCAGUCUGCACGCAAAAGCACCUUGGUUCAGUAGAAUACAGAAUGCAUGCAAUACAGAGGAGCUGACAAACAUCUGCAUACUCGUGUACUACUUUACUGCAUCCUUGUGUACUCAUGUACUUGUUUAAAGGGUUGGCCACUGUACAGAAUUGUGACAUAGUUACACAUCAGUUUAUACAAACCUAUAUCUGUUCCCAUGUGUGCUGUCUUUUUUCACCAGUUUCAAUUUCUCUGUAAACAUGUUGCUUUUUUUUCUUCUUGUGACCAAUCUGCUAAUAAAUUGUGAGGACGUGUCUUGUCCACUCACCCGUGCCCAAAUAACAUCUUGGUUCUUUUGAUUUCUUUUGGUGUUCAGGUUCAGUUUGAUUUGUGUCACAAAACAUCUGAUGAGACUUGAGGAUUAAAAGCUUUUGCUGGAUCUUUUAUUCAAGAAGUUGAAGCGUUUUGGGUAGAUUUUCCCCAAAGGCCAUCACUUUCUAACACCACGGUGUCACAAAAGCAAAACUGCUUUGUCAUUGUAACGACAUGGCCUUUGAGAUCUAUGGCAGCUUAAAAUGUUAUUGUCUGUAAUAACUUGAGUUUUGUUAAAGAGUAAGUUUACUUAUUUUUUGUGUUUGUGUGAUUUAAAAACAGCAACAGGUUGGGAAGUUCUCACCAGCAACACUAGACUGUUGAUGGUGUCAUUUCUCUUCUUUAGCCUCUUCUGCAGUUGUUUAUUUUCCCAUUUUCUUUUCUUUAAGCUGGUGAUAGUGGCUUUUUUUCAAUUUUGAGAUCCAGCAGCCAGUUUAGACAAAAAGUUGGUUUAAUGUUGUGAGUAAUAACAAUGCACUGUUUGUUUGGUGGUACUACUAAACAAUUUUGUGAUUUUUAGGUAAGCUUGUGUGUCUUUUGUGUUCUUUUAAAAUCGCCUAUGGCUUGAGAUUGGAGCAUUGUAUGUUUGAAACUGAUUAUUUAUUUAGAAGUUGAAUGGAGAUUUUUUUUCAUAAUACUGAAAUUAAUCAAAAGCUUUUAAGUCAAAAUCUACUCUAUGAAAUAUGCACAGAUUAACUGUCAGGAUUGUAGAAGUGUACAUAUUUUACAGUCUCAAUCUUUGAGCAUGUUUUGGUUUUUCCUUCAGUAACUUAGUCGAGCUUUAUCUUUUGUCCAGAGAAGAUUUUUUUUUGGGGGGGGUGGGCUUCUGUUGUAAAACAAAAUACUCCAGUUGUCAGUCUUACUUUUCUGAAGUUUGUCAGAAAUCUAAAAGCCUCUGUACUUGACUCCAUUAUUCACCUGAACAUCUGUACAUAAAUAAACUGAGACAUGUUCAUCUUU